AAAGAAAAAGAAAAGGGAAAUACUGAAAGAGGGCAAACAAAUGAGGAAACCGCAUAAGCACGUCACAAGGAGAUAAAAAGGCAAAAAAACUCAACUUACUAAACAAAUCUCGCUCCAACCUUAUUUUUAUCGAAACCCUGUUCCUCAAUCGCAGUUGUUCUGUUUCACAAAAUAAAAGGGAAACCAAACCACACUGUUACACAACACCAUCACACCAAGAAGAAGAAGAAUCUGAAGCGAAAAGCCCCAAUCCAAUCGCGCGUUCCACAUAUGUAGGAAAAGGAGUUCAGUGAUGGAGAGAAGAAAAUGAAAAGGCUUGAGAUCGCGGAAAGGGUGAUCGUAGAUGCUUGUCUCGGGAGUGUCCUCAUCAUCAUGGGAUCUCAAAUGGCUCCUGCAAUUCGUGUUCUCCGCUUUCGUCUUGGCGAUGGGGUUGCACGCGCUCGUGAAGAACACCGCCUCCAAGUACUUCGAGGUUGACGCCACUUUCGAAGGGGAACAACACCAGCACCAACGCCACGACGCCAUGCCCGGUCUUCUCAUGGACGAUUCUGUCUGCGCCGUUUGUCGCAACCCCGGCAGCAAGAAGUGUUCGCGAUGCAAAUCCGUUCGUUACUGCUCACAAGCAUGCCAACAGGCACACUGGAAAUCGGAGCAUAAGAUGAGUUGCAAGGAGUUUCAAAAGCAAGGAGUUUCACAAACUGGAUUAAUUAAUCGAGGGUUCAAAGCUUCAGCUGCUGUGAAUAGAAGUACAACAUCAAUUGCUCUCAUUCCCGAAUGUGGUCGCGGAAUUUCUAGGCCUAUCAAGCAGCUUAAGGAUGUUCUUUUUCCUUAUGAUGAUUUUGUCAAUUUGUUUAACUGGGAUAAGCCAGGAUUUCCUCCAUGUGGACUGUUAAAUUGUGGAAACAGCUGCUUUGCAAAUGUGGUUCUUCAAUGUCUCUCUUUCACAAGGCCACUUAUUGCCUACCUAUUGGAGAAGGGGCACCGCAGUGAAUGCUGUCAUAAUGAUUGGUGCUUUCUAUGUGAAUUUGAAACCCAUGUUGAAAAAGUAAGACUAAGUUCUAAAGCGUUUUCUCCGAUGAAUAUUCUGUCUCGUUUGCCUAAUAUUGGUGGUACACUGGGUUAUGGAAGACAAGAGGAUGCACACGAGUUCAUGAGGUUUUCUAUUGAUGCCAUGCAAUCAGUUUGCCUUGAUGAAUUUGGUGGGGAAAAAGCUGUUCCUCCAAAGCUUCAGGAAACGACUCUUAUCCAACACAUUUUUGGUGGCCACCUUCAAUCUGAGGUGAUUUGUACCGAAUGUGAGAAGAAUUCUAAUCAGUAUGAAAAUAUGAUGGAUUUGACAGUUGAAAUUCAUGGAGAUGCUGCUUCCCUGGAGGAAUGUCUGGACCAGUUUACUGCCAAAGAGUGGCUUCAUGGGGAUAAUAUGUAUAAAUGUGACGGGUGCAAGGGCUAUGUCAAGGCAUGGAAACGUCUCACAGUUAAACGAGCUCCAAAUAUUCUUACAAUUGCCUUGAAAAGAUUUCAGAGUGGGAGGUUUGGGAAACUUAACAAGAGAGUAGCUUUCCCAGAGACUUUAGACCUCAGCCCUUACACGAGUGAAGUUGGAGACGGAUCUGAUAUUUAUAAGCUAUACGCUGUCGUGGUACAUAUUGAUAUGCUAAAUGCUUCAUUUUUUGGUCAUUACAUCUGCUACAUCAAGGAUUUCAGUGGGAACUGGUAUAGAAUAGAUGAUUGGAAGGUCGUUGGAGUGGAGUUGGAAGAGGUGCUUUCUCAGAGCGCUUAUAUGCUGUUGUAUAGCAGGGUUCAUGCUCGAGCUUCAGGACUUCAAACUAUAGUCUCUUCAGAGACAACAGAAGUGCAGCCUAGCUCAACUGAGCAUGCUGAAGGCCUCCCGGAAUCGAGAACUGAGACUAACAGUGGAGGAUGUGAGUCCUCUCCAUCUAACAGUAGUCCAGAAUUUAUGGUUCCCUGCGAAAACAUGCCUUUGAGUGAAAUAAACUCCGGAGUCAAAAGAGAGCAGUCGAAGGAUGUUGAAAUUAUUGAGGUAAAUGGUAAUGACUCUGUCUGUAACGGUGUUGAAUCAUCAUAUAUGCACGGUUCUGAAGCUGACAGAGAUAUGGUGGACGUAGAAGAUUCAGAUGGAUCAAAUACAUGCUCAUCUGUUUUAGAAGAGAUUUCAGUCUGCAUGGAAGAGCAAGAUGACAGUGAUUUGACUAAUUCGAGUUGUCCUUCGUCUUUGCCUAAUAAAUACUCUUCUGUUUCGGUGGAUUAUGAAAACGCAAGGGAAGAUUCAGAUUCAAAGCAGCCGGUAGAUACGAUUAAAAGCAUAGUAACAGCAAAUGGCUUUGCAGAUCAUAGCAACGGUUAUGUGAGUGCAAACAAAUAUGAUGAUGUCCCAGUGGAAGACGGUGAUGAUUAUUUUUUGACUGAAACAACAACCUCCGACAAAUAUGAAGAUGACAAAGGAAACAGAGUUAAGGAAGUGGAAAUAUGAGGGAAUAAAUUGAUAAUGUAGGGGCAGCUGUUUUUGUCAUUUGUUAAUAUCAAUUUGAUUAUCCCAUCAUCAGAAAGAGGAGGUGAGUUGGGAAAUUUUUGUCUGGGGUUUCAUUAUUUGUUGGAACCUUGGAUCUCAUUGUAACACUUCUACGUGGAUUCUCUAAUUAUAUCAUAGUGACCUCCUGGUUUUUCUUU